GGAGGAGCUGCGCGGAGAGAGCGGAGUGUGUGUUCACCUCACAGCGGACACGGACCGGCCGGUGAACAGACUCAGCGCCGACGGAGACAGGGACCGUUGAGAACCGCUGGCCUGGAUCUGACAGCCGCGCCGUCCUCACUCCUCCAACCCCGGGCAGGGUGCACCGUGCCGGGGCGGAACAGUGCACGGCCUCAGCCUCUUCCCCUGGAGCUCUGCAGCCUCACACGGUUUUCUCUGUUCCACCACCUGGUCUUCUUCCCCCCGCGCUCCGGCCGCUCUGCGUGCGCGCGCGCGCACGUGUGUGUGUGUGUGUGUGUGGGGUUGUGUGUUGCAUGAGGACACACUUGCAGCCGUGGAUGUGAGUGUGUCUCCGUGCGCGCACACACACACACACACAGACUGAUUCUGGAGUCUGGAUUGAGAACAUCACCUUCUCCUGCAGAUGCAUUUUCCCUGACUCUGGAUGGAUUUUUGAAUGGUUUUCAAUCACCCCCCCACCCCCCCCCCCCCUAACUCUGGAUUAGGAUAUGGAGUGAUUCACGGCUCAGAACAACAGUGGAAGUAACAACCUCCAGAGCUACAGACACGACUGGAUUUCCUCCCGGAGUCGUCGACUGUGACUGAGACGCUCCUCCGUCUCUUCCCAUCAGGUUUCACCACACUUGGAUUUUCCAUCUGCAAAUCUGAUGAAAGGAUGCUGCAGGGACCUGACGAGGGACUGAGCCCUACUUGAACCCCCUCCCCCCUCCCCCCUUUCCCCUCCUUCCUCUCCCCUGACCCCCGACCCCUCAGAGCCCCUCAGCGCCGUCGUCCCACCAUGAACCUGCUGUGCCGCGGACGCCUGAAGCUGCUGGUGGCGUCUCUCACGGCCGUCGUCCUGCUCACCUGGCUCUACCUGCUGGCGGGAAACCUGGAGAAUGGCCGCUCCCUCCUCCUGGCUCCCUGUCUGGCCGACACCCCGGCGGCCCAGGUCCUGGAGCGAGCCGUCCUGGAGUCGCGGGUGCGAGAGGUGGAGGAAGAGAACCGACAGAUCCGGCUGCAGCUCAGCCAGUCGCAGCAGGGCACCGCCGCCCAGCAGCCGGACGGUAACUACGGCAACCAGCAGUGGGGAGCCUCGGCGGACACCGGACCGGAGGACGGGGACAACACGGCGGAGGAGAAGAACAACAACCACACGGAGUGUCCCCGAUCGCCCACCGUCCAGAAGUGUGAGCUCAUCCAUGUAGCGUGUGUUUGUGCCGGUCACAACGCCAGCAGAGACGUGGUCACGCUGGUCAAGUCCGUCCUCUUCCACAGGAGGAAUCCUCUUCACUUUCAUUUCAUCACAGACACAGUAGCCAAUCGUAUCCUGAGUUCUCUGUUCCAGUCCUGGAUGGUGCCGUCUGUGCAAGUCAGCUUCUAUGAUGCAGAUGAACUCAAGUCCGAGGUGUCGUGGAUUCCCAACAAGCACUACUCAGGUAUUUACGGCUUGAUGAAGCUGACGCUAACCAAAGCUCUGCCCUCCGACCUGACAAAGGUCAUCGUCCUGGACACGGACAUCACCUUCGCCACUGACAUCGCCGAGCUCUGGGGCAUCUUCAGGAAGUUCACAGAUAAGCAGGUGAUCGGUCUGGUGGAGAACCAGAGUGACUGGUACCUGGGGAACCUGUGGAAAAACCACAAACCCUGGCCCGCACUGGGACGAGGCUUCAACACAGGCGUCAUUCUUCUCUACCUGGAGAGACUGCGGCGAAUCGGUUGGGAGCAGAUGUGGCGGCUGACGGCAGAGAGGGAGCUAAUGAGCAUGCUCAGUACCUCGCUCGCCGAUCAGGACAUCUUCAACGCCUUCAUCAAGCAGAACCCGGUCCUGGUGCACCAGCUGCCCUGCUUCUGGAACGUCCAGCUGUCGGAUCACACUCGCUCCGAGCAGUGCUACACCGAGGUGUCCGACCUCAAGGUGAUCCACUGGAACUCUCCGAAGAAGCUCCGCGUGAAGAACAAGCACGUGGAGUUCUUCAGGAACCUCUACCUGACCUUCCUGGAGUACGACGGGAACCUGCUGAGACGAGAGCUGUUCGGCUGCCCGAGUCAGGCCAACCCAGAGAGUGUGCAGCUGCAGACGGCUCUGGAGGAGCUGGACGAGGACGACCAGUGUUACGACUUCCGGCGGGAGCGGCUCACCGUUCACCGCGUGCACCUCUACUUCCUGCAGUACGAGUACACGCCCACCGAGGACGACACCGACAUCACGCUGGUGGCUCAGCUCUCCAUGGACAGGCUGCAGAUGCUGGAGGCCAUCUGUAAACACUGGGAGGGCCCCAUCAGCCUGGCACUCUACAUGUCCGACGCCGAGGCGCAGCAGUUCCUGCGCUACGCUCAGGCCUCCGAGGUCCUCAAGAACCGCAAGAACGUGGGCUACCACAUCGUCUACAAGGAGGGCCAGUUCUACCCGGUCAACCUGGUGAGGAACGUGGCCCUGAAGAACGCCAACACGCCGUACGUGUUCCUGACCGACGUGGACUUCCUGCCGAUGUACGGCCUCUACGAUUACCUCAGGAAGUCGGUGGUGCAGCUGGACAUGGCUCACACUAAGAAGGCUCUGGUGGUUCCGGCGUUUGAGACUCUGCGUUACCGUCUGUCCUUCCCCAAAUCCAAAGCCGAGCUGCUCUCCAUGCUGGACAUGGGGACUCUCUACACCUUCAGGUAUCACGUGUGGCCCAAAGGUCACGCUCCGACCAACUAUGCCAAAUGGCGAACAGCCACCACCCCCUACAAGGUGGAGUGGGAGCCGGACUUCGAGCCGUACGUGGUGGUGAGACGAGACUGUCCGGAGUACGACCAGCGCUUCGUGGGCUUUGGCUGGAACAAGGUUUCUCAUGUCAUGGAGCUGGACGCACAGGAGUACGACCUGAUGGUCCUCCCCAACGCCUUCAUGAUCCACAUGCCCCACGCUCCCAGCUUCGACAUCUCCAAGUUCCGCUCCAGCUCCAGCUACCGCAACUGUCUCAACACCCUGAAGGACGAGUUCCACCAGGACCUGUCCAGGAAGUACGGCUCGGCCGCUCUCAAGUACCUGACGGCCCAGAGGAACAUCUAAGAACCAGGACUGCUGGGAGCCAGAGGGUUCUUCAGCUCCCCUCCCUGCCCCCUCCCCCAAAUGAGCUCCAGGAGCUCAGACACGUACUGACACAGCUCAGGCCACGUUGAUGCCGAGCGCGAGUGCGACGGUAAAGCUUUACAGCCCCUCCAGACGUCCUCAGGCUCCCGCGCAUUCAUUCUGCGGUCGACUCCGUCUUUAAAGGAGACGCAGAGACGGAAACCUGAGCCGGAACAGAGUGAGACUUCCUGUGAACGCAGGACUCACCGGGCGGGACGAACGCUGGCAGAGCGGAGUGUGGAUACUGAUGGGACUAGCUUUACGGCGGGAAAAUAAAAACCAUAUUCUUACGAUUUGUUCUGACAAUCAGGGCUUUUUCCAGAAGACAUGAACCACGUGGAAACUGGACACUUGAUUCAAAGACACUAAAUGACGGGACCCGUGUCAUUAUGGGGGAAAAAACAUUGAAAGGAGAAGACGACAGUGUGAGGCCAGUCGAACUGGAGGAAGAUCUAAGCCUUAUCACUUUCCAUAUUUAAUAUUUUCAUUUUCAUAGUUUUCUUCUUUUUUUUCCAGUGUAAAUCAAAACCAGUGAAAAUGAAACAUCGUGUUUUAAUUCUGACUUUACGUAAGAAUCAGUUUGUUUUUCUUUUCUGUUUUCUGACCUCUGAGAUCUUCUGAUGACCCAUCAUCCCGCUCAAAUGAGUUCAGUUUCUCUGUGGGCUUCAGGGAUGUGCUUUAUGUGUGUGUGAGUGUGUGUGUGAGUGUGUGUGUGCGUGUGUGUGUGUGUGUGUGUGUGCGUGUGCGUGUGUGUGUGUGUGUGUGUGAGAUCCAGCUGCAUCAUAUGGCAAGUCUUCAACACGCUUCCUGUUUCCUGUCUAAGUCACUCUGGCCUCUGUCUUGAUCAUGUAUUUGGCUGCAUGUAAACAGUUGCUCUACAUGUUUUCACAUCAGAAAACAGACUCACUCUGUUGUUUCCAUCCGUCUGAGAGAAGCAGAAAUCUUUCACUGAUAAUCAGAUCAAUCAUCACUGAUCGGGACCAACUCACGAGACCAACGCUGACAUCGUACAGUGAGUUGUUGUUGAUAAUAAAUGAGAGCGAAGGGCAGGAGCUUUUUAGUUUCUUUUAUUUUGUGCCAUUUCGUCAAAAUGUGUCGGAUUCACUGGAUAAACGUGCCAUCUGCUGAACCUCCCUACCCACAAUCCCCUUCUUUCUGUUAAGUCCAACUGAAAUUACAAACCUUUCUGCAGUCCAGCUGCACGGAUUCAGUCCGAUCCGGUCCUGACAGGGUCCUGGUCCACUGCUGUGGAUCCAAGUGGACUCCAAGUAGUGACACAAACAAAACAAAACAUGGAUCUGUUUGGAUCUUGACCACUUAGUCGACUUUUAUAUGACGCCAUCCCCUGACCCUCCUGAUUACCACUCGGCUUCUGUUCAUGCACGACAGGUUCGAGUAGGAUUUCCACACGUCUGUUUUAAAUCGGGAACAGUAUGUUGGAGCUGUGAAGACUUUCUGAGCUGUGCCAUCAGGGCGACAGACAAACUGUCUGUAACUUCUAAGCCAAGGACAGACGGCGUCGUGGUAUCGAAGCAUCUAAACUGACAGAUCUCGCUGUUUAGACACUGACUAAAUAAUCUGAUGAGCAAAUCACAGAGCAGCUCGAGGUUCCGAGUCGAAGACAACUGGACGUGCUGUAGAUUCUUAAACCCCUUCAGGUGUGAGAACGCCCCUGAACGCCUGGACUCUCACUGACUCCAUCACUCAGUCAGAACCUGAGGAAACCUCUGAGAUGAGAUCUGAAACACCUUAAAGAAUCUGCAGCAAAUCCAGCUGCUUCUGACGUGACGCGGUUCAUUUCAACAAACCAACGACGCACCAGACGCGUCCAUGCGUUAGCAAAGAAGCUAACGUUAGCUGCAGUUCCCGCUCUGUUGCUGGUCGCAGUGAUAGUUACAGUUUUAUGCAAACACAGUCUUGACUGACUAUAUGCAAAGAAGCUGUGGAUCUACAGUAUGUACGUAUCUGUACACGUGGCACACAGAGUAGUUUAUGCACAGACCAGGAGGAGCUGCGACAGAACCGAUCUGUUCCAUGUAGCAAAAAGGAAAACGCGUCAUUUCAUUUCAGUUGGACUUUAAACUUCCUGAUUCCGUUGUUUCCGUUGAGUUUUUUUUCUUGUUAUUUCUGGGAGGACGUUUGUGCCGUCUGCUCGGUCUGUCCGGACACGUUACAUUUAGAGUUGAUCAUCUUCGUCCCAGAACAUGAUUGCUAAUGAUUUAGAGUGGGCGGGUCCUGAGCUGUUCUGUGUAACGCAGGUCAGAUUAAACACGAGGCCAAUGAAAGAAAAACUGGUGGUGUGAUGUUUUCGCCUCCUGGGGCCAAUAUCAGAGCUUUAAAUCUUUUCUUUAACCUCCUCAUUUCCACUUGUGUUAUAAAAUAUUCUCAUCCAUCACAGUGUCUUUUUUUAUUUCCUCGGCCCCUGCGUCUGGACAAAAGAGCAAGAGGAGACGGAUUCAAACUGAGGCGACGUCAGAUGUCGGAGCGGGGUGUGAAUCUGAGUGAUGGUGUACGUGACGGCUGCGGGUUCACACAGUUUGUUUGGUGAGGAGUGAGUGUGAACUGUGCCAUGAAGAGCCCCACCCCCUCCUUGCUUCCCCCCCCACACCCCCACCCCUCCCUGCUGCCCCGGCUGCCCGUCCACGCCGCCUCCAUUGACUUGUUGUUGAUUGUGGUAAAUGCUAGUGCCUUUGCUGUAUUGUGAAACUGGAUAUUGAUUGUACUGUUGUACUGACAGGGCCUGGGGACAGUCAGGCGCUCUAUUUAUUAUUGUUGACUCAAAUCAAUCAUAUUUUUCUAUGUAAGUGCUUUAAAUAAAUUUGCCCUUUUUUAAUCA